CCCUGAACGCAGCACGACGUUUGACAGCUCGACGGCAAACAUGGCGGCUGUUAGCUAAAAGAAGCAGUGGACACCUCACACCUGCGUCUCUAACCAUCAUUAUCGACAGGCAUUUUACCGGAAUUGGUAAUUAUUUACGGACAGCGACUUGUGGAGCUACCUUUUCAUGAUAUCCUGGUGACUGUGGAGCCGUUAUCCGGUAUGUGAAGCCGGUUUGUAGCGUCACACGGAGCGGAGUGAAGCGACACAACAACAGAGGGCUGCUGAGGUCGGACUGUCGGUGCUGUUGAUUCACCUGAUGUUUCUCAGGUAAUCUGUGAAGCACGCUUCGUUUUCACCCCCACCCCCUGCUGCUGAUGUCAUCACCAACAGCAGACCCCCCUGCCGCCUCCCUCUCCCCCGGGUCUCGUCUCCCGCCCUACACCGCCCUGGACUCCCUCUCCGUGUCGUCCCUGCUCUCGGGGGAUUUAGACGAUGGAGGAGAAGGAGGGGAGGAGGACGGGCUGGGAGACCUGGAGGUGAACCCGUACGAUGGUUUACCGUUUUCCUCACGGUACUACUCUCUGCUGGAGGAAAGGCGGAAGUCUCCGGUGUGGAGACUGAGGCAGAGUCUGCUGGAGCAUCUGGAGGGCCACAACAUGGUGCUGCUGAGUGCAGCCAGCGGGGCGGGGAAGAGCACGCAGGUUCCUCAGUGGUGUGCAGAGUUCGCUCUGUCCUACGAGUUUUCUCAGGGUCUGGUCUGCUGCUCUCAGCCGUACUCGGUGGCGGCGGUGAGUCUGGCUCUGCGUGUCGCCGAUGAGAUGGACCUGAGUCUGGGCCUGGAGGUCGGAUACAGAGUGUCUCAUGAUGACAGCUGCACACCUGACACCAUGCUCAGGUUUGUCAGCGACACCCUCCUGUUGGAGGAAAUGAUGUCAGACCCCCUGCUGCAUCAGUACGGCGUCGUCGUUUUGGACGAGCUGCAGGAGCGGACGGUUCCCACCGACGUGCUGCUGGGUCUGCUGUGUGACGUCUGCAGGCAGAGACCCGAUAACUUCAGGGUGGUCCUGCUCACUCACCCGACGCUGGCUCCGCGCCUCUCCGCCUUCCUGGGCCCGUCGGUCCCUCACCUCAGCCUGGACGGUGUCCCCCCUUCUAAUGAAGAUGAAGAGGGGCGUGAGGAAGAGGAGGAGCAGAGGCCUGUUGAGGCGAACCGGGUGGAGACGUUGUACCGGGAGCUCUCCGCUGGGAAGGAACCGGUUUCUGCUGCGUGUCACAUGGUGCUGGAUCUGCACAGGAGGGGGGAGGAAGGAGACGUGAUGGUGUUUCUGGCCAGUGCACAGGAAGCAGAGGAGUGUGUGUCCCUGCUGGAGAAGGAGUGUGUGGCUCUGAGUCCUCAGCUCGGUGCGCUCAGGAUGGUCCCCCUCCAUGCGGGGCUGGGCGGGCAGAUCCAGCGGGUCUACGAGGCCGACCCCUCCACGCUGCGGGAGAACGACAGCUCGGACGCCUCAGCGAUGGGAGCCGGAGGUCCACCUGGAGUCAGAAGGAAAGUGUUCCUCACUGACACGCUCGCCGAGGCUUCUUUCUCCCUGCCAGCGAUCCGCUACGUCAUCGACACCGGCCUUCAACUCAAAACUGUUUACAAUCCACAAAUAAGAGCCAACUCUCAGGUGCUGAGGGCGAUCAGCAAACAUCAGGCCGACAUGAGAACCCAAAGAGUGAACAGCCACCUCCCAGGGCUGUGUCUCCGUCUCUACCCUCCGUCUCUGUAUGAAGAGGGGAUGGGGGAGGCUCACUGUCCGGGGGUGAUGGAGGAGAACCUGAGCCACUUGGUGCUGCUGCUGAAGAGACUAGAUAUCGCCGACAUGGGACAGUGCAAGUUCCUGGACAGACCAGCCCCUGAGGCCCUCAUGCAGGCCCUGGAGGACCUGGACUACCUGGCAGCUCUGGAUGAUGAUGGGAACCUGUCCGAGGUCGGCAUCAUCAUGUCCGAACUUCCUCUGGAGCCGUCGCUGGCCAAAGCGCUGAUCGCCGCCUGCGAGUACGACUGUGUGGAUGAGCUGCUCACUAUCGCUGCUAUGCUAACAGCUCCAUCGUGCUUCGUGACAGCAGACCCCAGCAGAGAGGAGGCAGCUGUCACUCACUGGAGACCUUUAAUGCACACAGAGGGAGAUCACAUGACUCUCAUUAAUAUUUAUAAAGCCUUCAUAGAGCAUAAUCAAGACGAGGCGUGGUGCACGACGAACUUCCUGAGUCAAGCAGCCUUACGAUUGGCCGUGGUGAUCAGGGCGGAGCUUCUGGAGGUGAUGCAGCGGAUAGAGCUUCCUGUUUCUCCUCCUGCGUUUGGAUGCCAAGACAACUGUACGAACAUCAAGAGAGCGCUCAUCUCGGGCUUCUUCCUCAAAGUGGCUCAUGACGUGGACGGCUCAGGUAACUACCUCCUUCUGACUCACCGCCACGUGGCUCACCUGCACCCCUUCUCCUCCUACCUGUGUCGACAGCCGCGCCCCGACCCCCCCAGCUGGGUGCUCUACCACGAGUUCACCAUCUCCAGAGAUAACUGCAUCCGCAUCGCCUCUGAAGUCCACCCUCAGAUGCUGGUGGAGCUCACGCCUCAGUACUACCUGGGAAACCUUCCCUCAAGCGACGGCAAAGAGCUGCUGAUGGAGUUGAGGCAGAGCCUGGAGCCGCCGUCAUACGAGCAGGACGGAGAAUCAGACGCGCAGAGCCGGACUCACAGGGAAGCUGCAGAGACGAGCACGGAGCUCUGCGUCGUCCAAUGAGACAGAAGAAGAAGAAGGAGGAGAAGUUUGACGUCUCAGGAGAGGACACUGAACCCAACAUGGUCACUUUAAUAUUUGAGCUGAAAUUUGUACGAAAUCUGAAAUCUCAUCUCAGGUUGAAUCUCUCAGAUGUGAUUUCAAAAAGACUUUUUACUAUAAAAAAAAUGAACUCUUAAUAUAUCUGACAUGCAGUGGCUUUGGAAAAUACUUUUCCGUUUGUCGUGUUUACUUAAUUCUUGAUAUUAUUUAGAUUAUUUUUUAUUUAAUGAGGGAUUUCUGUGUGUCUGUCUGUGGGGUGUUCAAAACAUCGGUUUUAAAUUGUAGCACAGCAAAAAUACUUUAUUCAACGUCUUUUCUUUUCCAGCUAAAAGCAAUAAAAUAAACACUACAGCAGUGAGCGCGCACACGAUCAUCAGAGCACGGUCGACUUCUAUGCAGAAGCUUCACACUGUGAUGACGAACUGUGGAGAAUCUUUUCCAGCUUUUUGAUACCGUUUGUAUGACGUUUCCUGGUUUUGAUCCUCGUUCUGCCUUUCUCUCUCUUAUCUCUAUGUCAGCGAUGAAACUCUUUCUUGUCCUCCUUUUCAAAUGGAUUUGUCCGACACAACCCAGCCGAGUGAUUCCUCGCUCUACAGCGGCCUCUUUUCAAGUCUUUUCUCUGCAGUCUCACACUCUGUCCGACGUGAUAUCUCUGUCUUGUAUUAAAUGCAAUCUCCAGAUUUA